UUCCAUCAAACUCGAGAUAAAAAAAAACAACCAAUGACAUACUCAAAACAAGACACUCAAAACUACGUUGUCAUUCGACCAUGCAUCUGUCUAUUAUGGACAGUAAUCCUAGCAGCAUUCGUAACAGCAGCUUUCCUACUAUGGCCAGUUGAUCCCGAAAUCGAAAUGGAGAAGCUAUCGGUGAAGCGAGCCAAGGUUCACCCUCUACCGCCGUUAAGCGCCACCGUGUGGCUAUCAGUGGCGGUGAAAGUUCAUAACAAGGUUCUGUGUUGGAUGGACCUGGUGGAGGUUGACGUCGGAAUUAAGUAUCGUGGACAGAAGCUUGGUCAUGUGGUGACGGAGGGAUGGCAUGUGACGGGAUGGGGUUCGGCUCAUGUGUUUGGUGAUCUUGAGUUUGGUGGACUGCCGUCUCCUGAAGUGGCACAUUUUAUGCAGGAUAUGGGGAGGGGGAGGGUCCAGUUUCAUACUGCGGUUGAAGUUGUGGGGAAUCUUGGACUUUUUUUCUUUCGCUUCCCUAACGUUUUCAAGGUAAAGCUAUCAUGUGAGGUAUUGGUGGAUACAAAAACCCAUACCAUUAUAAAUCAACAUUGUAUAGUAAAGGAUUAACUCCACAAAUGCCAAUGCAACCAUGGUGUGAAGGCUAAGAAGAUAUUAGUAGUCCUUUAUAUAUCUAUACAUACAAGUGUAAUGCAAGUUUGAUGCACCACAUAUUAUGGCUCUAUUCAGGAAAUAUCACUUAUAGCUUAUAAGUUAGUUUGUAUAAGAUGAGUUUAUUUCAGAUAAUUCAUAAUCUAGCUGAUAUCUGAUAAUGGAUAAACUAAUUGAUUGAAUUUGUAGUAUUUGAUAAA